AUGAAAGCAUGGUUUGGGCUCAAUGCGAGCCUACGGCGAUUGGUCAAAAAUUGGGCUGUAUUUUCUGCUGCUGCAGUGGCUAUGUUGGAGAUGGGUGGAGUCGAUGAGCUUUGGGGCCAAGAAGAGGUCGAUGAUCCAGAAGCUCAUCCUGAGGAGGGUCCUGCUGAGGCACCCGCACCGCCCCAGCAACCCAAGUUCACGAAAAGCCAGCUAUACAAAGCUUACGCAGGGAAAGGACCGACGAAGAUGGUGGCCGAGUUUCUUUUCGACCUGUCUCUUCGCAAGCAUGCGAUCAUCAUUGUGCAGUGCGCGCAGCCUUUGGAGGACCUCUACGACAAGGAUUUGAAAGCGCAAGCAUCAGGGCUAGAAGACAUGAUCCGAUGGGCAGUGGCAAGGUCAUCUGGAGCUUGGUAUCUGACUGCAAUUGACAUGUUGGCCAAAGCCAAGGAAGAAGUGGAGCUACUGGAGAUCGCAUUCCGCUAUUCUGCAUGUUUGGCAUCAAAUUUGGUAUGGCGAAUGAUGAUUCACCGCUUUGCGCUGCCAGGGGCUGCUGUGCCUCUCCUGGCUCGUGACCCGGGAAAACGUAAGGAGGCAAUGCAAUUCUUGAAGCGGAUCAUCGAUGCUGAGGAUGUCCCUGGAUGCGAAAUCCCGGGCUGUCCCGCGGACAUUCUCUCCCAGAAGGUGCGGAAUGCCGGGUAUCAAGCGAACCACAGAUCAGCAGCAGCUUUGGCCUUUAUUCUGGCGGACUACGAGAACAACUUUUCGAAUGCACGUCAAGCAGAACUAGGUUUUCUGUUCCAAGCUGGCUCAAUCUUCCGGCACAGAACGAAGCAGUGUGCUCGUCUUGGGAACAGAAUGGCGGUUUGGUGCCUUUGGUUUGCCAAAUUCAGAAUUGAGGAGUACAUCCUGGGCUUCAAAUUGGAUUCUUUCAAAGAGUCUGAGGAGCUGCCUGCUCCGGAGUUCCUCUUCAAUUACACACUGGAUGAUCAAGUCUGCAACUGGAAGGCUGUGACCACCAGGAUACUCCCGCCCAGUUGCCUGCCCCAGGAGCUUCAAUCUCUGACUUCCUUCGCCCACGAAGUCACUGGAACCAUGGGCUUGAUUCCGGCGGCGAUCUAUGCGGGAGCCUUCUUGACUGUGGCCCAAUGCUGGCAGAUCGUCCGCAUUUGUAAUUGCAAGGUGCCGGCUAAGGGCGCUGGCUCUGGAGCCGGGGGCAAUUUGGUAAAGGUUGACGUUGCAAGGAGCUUGAUAGAGCAUUUUUGGGCCAACGAAUCAGCACCCAAGAAGGAAGAGAUGCUCUCAGGAAUUAUGGGCAAGGUGCGCUUGAAGGACCCGACGAUACUAUCAAUCCUCAAAGAGUUGGAUCCAGAGAAUGCACAGGACAAAGACUUCCUCAAAAUGAAAAAAAGUUGCUCGUGA